UAGACCUAACUAUCCACACAAUUCUCUCUCUGUCCAUUUCUCUCUCUCUCUCUGCGCUUGGCGGCCUAGGAUAAAACGCGAGAGCAGCUGAGGUAGAUCGCAUUCCAUCAAUGGCGGAGGCGCAAGGCGACAAAACCCAAACCCUAGCUGAGCAAUACUCAUUGGAGAAACCUGAUUUAGCUACCAAACCUGUCGAAGUAAAAGUGGUUGAGAAUCCAGCGACUGAAGUUGUUCCUGAGAAAGCUGAGGAAACACCUGCUGCUGCAGAAGAAAGCUCAGAAGUUACACCAGCUGGCGAAGAAAGCAAUGAAGCCAGUCCUGCUGCUGCUGGCAUAGAAGCUACUGAAACCAAUCCUGCCACUGAAGCUGCUGCUGAAGAAAGCAGGGAUAGUACUGAAAACUCAGGUGAUCAAGAAGCAGCUGAAGAGACACCUGCAAUUAAGAUUGAGACGGCACCAGCAGAUUUCCGUUUCCCAACAACAAAUCAGACAAGGCAUUGCUUUACCCGAUAUGUAGAGUAUCAUCGGUGCGUAGCUGCGAAGGGGGAAGGUGCUCCAGAGUGUGACAAAUUUGCAAAGUUUUACCGUUCUCUUUGCCCUGGUGAAUGGAUUGAGAGAUGGAAUGAGCAGAGGGAGAACGGAACCUUUCCAGGUCCUCUGUAGACGGUGUCUGCAUAAAAACCAAGAUUUGGUUUGCUUUCAAUUAUUAUAUCCAAGUUUUUCUCCUAUAGAUGAGUUUCUACAUUGAGAGUUGAACUCUCAGGGAAUGCCCUAUUUAAAACCAUGAAUUAAUAAGAAAUUUUGGCACGUCUCAGAAUACAGCAAAACUGUAGCUCAUGAAAUGAAAUUAUUGCUGUUCAGUGUUCAUCAAUGAAAAAUGUUUUUUUUUUUCUU